AUUCAUAAACAUAGUAAAACAAAAACACAGUUAACCAAAUUUGUGAGAUGGCAAAAGUGAAAUUACUUGGUCUAUGGUAUAGCCCUUUUAGUCACAGAGUUGAAUGGGCUCUCAAGAUUAAGGGUGUUGAAUAUGAGUUUAUAGAAGAAGAUCUACAAAACAAGAGCCCUCUGCUUCUUCAAUCAAACCCUGUUCAUAAGAAAAUCCCUGUUCUCAUUCACAACGGGAAGCCCAUUUGUGAGUCAAUGGUAAUUGUUGAAUACAUUGAUGAUACAUUUGAAGGCCCUUCCAUCUUGCCUAAAGACCCUUAUGACCGAGCUAUAGCUCGUUUCUGGGCUAAUUGUUUUUCCGAAAAGGGGUCAGCAGUGGGAAGAAGUUUCUUUCUCAAAGGAGAGGAACAAGAGAAAGCUAAAGAGGAAGUUUAUGAGAUGUUGAAAAUUCUUGAUAAUGAGCUCAAGGAUAAGAAAUUCUUUGUGGGUAACAAAUUUGGAUUUGCUGAUAUUGCUGCGAAUGCUGCAGCACUUUGGCUGGGAGUUCUUGAGGAAUCAUAUGGAGUUGUUUUAGUGAGAAGAGAAAAAUUUCCAAAUUUCUGUGCUUGGAGAGAUGAAUACAUUAAUUGCAAUGAAAACAAGAAAUAUUUACCUUCAAGAGAUGAGUUGCUUGCUAAAUUCAAAACUCGCUUUUAUAAUGCAUCUGUUGCCAAAUAAAUUUAGGUUAAGUUUUAUGAGUUCAAUUGAAUUACUAUACUGGUUCGAACUAUGUAUACAAUAACAUAUCAGUGUUAUCCCAUAUUCGAACUAUGUAUACAUUAGAAAAACAAACUUAAGAUAUAUGCAUAUUAUAACUAGAGCUUGAAUUCACGUUUGAAUAAAACUACUUGUCAACUGAAGCAAGCUUAGCCAGCUAUUCAUGCCUUACACCUUGUUUGAAUGGUUAUUACCAUUGUAUUGUAUUGUAUUAUUAGUUUAAAUUA